AUGCUUCACUCUCCAAAGCAUCUGCGCCUCACAUUUGAUCCAGGCUUUCAGACCCUAAGUGACAUACAAGACCUGCUGAUAGUGCAGGUUCCCACAGCUGAGGAGGAGGAGGAGGAGGAGACUGCCUCUGUUUCCUCUUGCUCUUUCACCUUCUCCUACCCCUCAACUUCCCCCCCUUCCUCUCCUCUGCUACUGGGCACCCCAGAGGAGCAGGAGGAGCAGGAGAUGGAGGAGGAGGAGCAGGAGGAGCAGGAGCAGCCUGCCGCUGUGCCAUUGGGUCAUCCCCAGAGUCCUCAGAGCCCCUUCUCCGCCAUGCCAUGGAGCACAUCAGAUGGAAGCUCCAGCAUCCAAGGAGAAGAGGGCACACGCUCUCUCCAGGCCUCAGCACACACCAAAUCCUUGUUCAGAGACCUGCUGGAUGAAAAGGUGGCUGAUUUGUUGCAUUUCAUGGUCCUCAAAUAUCGACUGAAGGAGCCCUUCACAAAGGCAGAAAUGCUGAAGGUUGUCAUCAAAAAGGACAAAAACCAAUUCCCUGUGAUCUUCAAGAAAGCUUCUAAGUGCCUAGAGGUGAUCUCUGGCAUUGAUGUGAAGGAAGUGAACCCCCAAAUCCACUCCUAUGUCCUUGUCAAUUCAUUAGACCUCACCCAUGAUGAGAUGCAUAGUGAUGACCAGAGCAUGCCUAAAAAUGGCCUCCUGGUAAUCAUCCUGGGUGUGAUUUUCAUAGAGGGCAACUGCGCCCCUGAGGAAAACAUCUGGGAUUUCUUGAAUAUGAUAAACGUGUAUGCUGGGAGGGAGCACUUCGUUUAUGGGGAGCCCAGGAAGCUCAUCACCAGAGACUGGGUGCAGGAGAAUUAUCUGGAGUACCGGAAGGUGCCUAAUAGUGAUCCUCCACGGUACGAAUUCCUGUGGGGUCCAAGGGCCUAUGCUGAAACCAGCAAGCUGAAAGUUCUGGAAUUUUUGGCCAAGGUCAAAGGAACUGACCCCAUUUCCUUCUCACACUGGUAUGAGGAGGCUUUAAGAGAUGACGAAGAGAGUCGGGGCCACAGUUGGCCCCUUGGAUAG